AUGAAGACCGUAGCAGCACUUUCCGCCCUUGUGGCGCUGGCUCAAGCACAUGCGACCUGGCAGCAACUGUGGAAGAAUGGAGAGGAUCUGGAGAGCACCUGUGCCAGACUACCGCCCUCUAACAGCCCCAUCGAGGACUACACCAGCAACGCUCUGCAAUGCAACGUCAACCCCGCUGCUGCGAGCGGAAAAUGCGCCUUCGAGGCUGGUGAUACCGUGACGAUUGAGAUGCACCAACACAACACCCGUGAUUGCUCGCAAGAGGGCAUUGGCGGUGCCCACUGGGGACCUGUCCUUGCCUACAUGUCCAAGGUCGAGGAUGCUGCUGCCGCAGACGGCUCCAGUGAAUUCUUCAAGGUCUACCAGAACGCCUGGAAGAAGAACCCGGAGGCAUCCCAGGGUGACAACGACUUCUGGGGCACCAAGGAUAUGAACUACAACUGUGGAAAGCUUGACUUCAAGAUUCCCACUGAUAUUGCUCCUGGCGAUUACCUCUUGAGAGCAGAAGCCAUUGCUCUUCACGCUGCCGGCCCUGCUGGCGGUGCUCAGCACUAUGUUACUUGCUACCAGCUUACUGUCACUGGAAGCGGUACCCUCGUCCCUAAGGGUGUCACUUUCCCAGAGGCAUACUCCAAGACGGGCCCAGGUCUCGGAUUCUCCAUCCACGCCGAUCUUUCUGACUAUCCUGUCCCUGGUCCUGAACUCAUCGCCAGCGGCACUGAAGUUACUCCCCAGCUUCUCACCUUUGGCAAGAUCACCGGUGCUCCAGCUGCGCCCAAGCCCGUUGCCUCUACCUCCAAGGCUGUCGUCGCUUCGUCUGCUCAAGCUCCCGCUUCUUCCCCCGUCGCUGUCGAAGCUGCUUCCUCUGUCGCAGCCCCUGUCUCCAGCGCCGCGCCUUCUCCCUCUCCCGUCGAGGCCGAUCCCACAGAGGUUACCCCUACCGAGCCCGCCUCCACCACUGCUGAGCCCGAACUCACAUCGACCGCGAUCCCAGAGGAGACUGUAGUCGCUCCUAUCCCGACCCCCGAGGUCCCCGCCCCCUACCCCAUUGUGAACGCGACCUCCUCCGCACUCAUCGGAACCGGCAGCCCAAGCCCCGUCCCCGUCGUCCCUAGCACCUUCGCCACCAUCGUCCGUCCCCAGCCCACGGGUGACGCUUCCUCUGGCGAGCUGAGUGAAUACAGCCGUUGUGGCGGUCAAGGCUUUACAGGGACUGGGUCUUGCGCCGCGGGCCUCAUCUGCAAGGAGUGGAACCCAUACUAUUCGCAGUGCGUAAAGGCGGAUGGAUCUUCUCCUGUCGUACCUGCGCCCGCACCAUCUGCCCCUGCCUCCGGGCCAUCUGUCCCAUCCAAGCCUUCCAAGGCCCCAGACGCUGCGCCUUCCGAGUACCCAGCCGCCAGUCCCUCCAAGAAACCCGAGGCUGUCCCGGCACCUGCACCAGCAGCAUCUGCCACGAUCAGCGCCACACCAGAGGCCGCACAACCCUCUAUCGUAACCCCCGUUACUGUCGACAAUGAGCCCAAAGAGAAGACGUACACGCUCGAGACAUUCAUUGCUUUCCUCGAAAAGGAGGCUGGCAGUGCGUCGGCGGCUAAGAUGCGUCGUAUGAUUGAGGCUCUUCAGAACUAG